CGUCACCAUAAUCUUGACUCCAACUCUCCAACCACAGACCCAAAUCGUUUUCACUUUCAGAAACAGAAUUCAAAUUAAAAUAUUUUUCUUUUAUUUCCGCAUUUUCCACCACUUCUGUUUCCCAUCCACAGAGGCCUUUCUUCUACCAUUUUCCCACACUUUCCCUUACCAGAAGAUUCCCUGAACUGAAUCACGCAAAGCCGCCUUCUCCAAAUCUUGCGAGCUGCCAGUUCGAAUUCCUCUUCGCCGAGUGUCGCAUGCGUAACCGACCGAGGAUUCGCAGCUCUGCAUCUGCUGGAGUUCGAUUCUCCCUGCAUACCGUGUCGCCGUUGUUUCCGCUGCCCCUGAAUUGCUCACUGCUAGGGUUUCUUCCCCUGGAUUCAUGUUUUAUCUAGCUAAUGGUUAUUCCCCUUCUUGGUCCCGCCUUGGCCCUCAAUUCAGUUGGGCAACUGAUUUCAAUACCUUCGCCGCUGCUGCUUGUUCUUCGCCUCCUAAAUGAUUUUGCAGUCUGCUUCUGCGAGCUUCGACUUCUCCUCCUCUCUAAAUCUUCUACCCCAGCUCUGUCCAUGUAGGAAUUCGUCACUAGCUGCCGGGCAUCCCUGUAAGAGGAGGAGACGAGUCAACUUUAGGCGGGAAUUCGGUUCUCGUGCUUGCGCAAUCCCCAGCGAUAGGUACGGUUAUGGGAACUGCACUGUCAAUAUAGAUGGCUUAGCCAGUUCCGCCAGACGGGGUGCUCAGAGCAUCAUUCUGGAUCGAAUUUCUGACGAGCUGGAGGAUGAAAUCCUGGGGCAGUCUUCGUCUUCGUCUUCCUCGAUGCAGAUGGGAUCCAAGUUUUCCAGUUACCAACAGGAUCCAAUGGUGGAUAAGUUGAGGACUCAGUUGGGGGUCAUUCAUCCAAUUCCGUCGCCUCCCAUUAAUGGGAACCUAGCCUGGUUGUUUGUUUUCUUCUUCUUCGUAGGGGUGGUUUUUGAUAAACUGUGGACCGCGAGGAGGAGGAAAUCGGGGAAUGAAGAUGGCCAGCUCGGGACGUGGCCGCAAGUUCCCACUAGCUUCUCCUUGUUCUUGGAGAAGGAUUUGCAGAGGAAGGAGUCGGUGGAGUGGGUGAAUAUGGUGUUGGGCAAGUUGUGGAAGGUCUACAGAGGUGGAAUUGAGAAUUGGAUCAUUGGAUUGUUGCAGCCGGUCAUCGACGAUCUGAAGAAGCCAGAUUAUGUCGAUAGAGUUGAGAUUAAGCAAUUCUCAUUGGGGGAUGAACCAUUGUCUGUCAGGAACGUAGAGCGCAGGACUUCUCGCAGGGCCAAUGACUUACAGUACCAAAUAGGCCUUCGAUAUACAGGUGGUGCUCGCAUGCUUCUUAUGCUUUCUUUAAAAUUUGGCGUAAUCCCGGUUAUGGUCCCAGUCGGUGUUCGGGACUUCGACAUUGAUGGUGAACUUUGGGUCAAACUAAGGUUGAUCCCAACAGCACCUUGGGUUGGAGCUGCUUCUUGGGCUUUUGUUUCACUCCCACGGAUCAAGUUUGAAUUAUCACCUUUCCGCUUAUUCAACUUGAUGGAUUCUGAUACAAGUUUCUUUUCUUUUUGCAUGGUUCCUGCAACAUCAGCUAUUCCUGUUCUCUCUAGGUUCUUGACAAAACUUCUCACUGUGGACUUGCCUCGAUUGUUCGUGCGUCCAAAGAAGAUUGUUUUGGAUUUUCAGAAGGGAAAAGCAGUUGGCCCUGUGUCAGCUGGUUCACAAGCUAGAGAAACGCAAGAAGGAAACAGGGAUUUCGUUGGUGAAUUAUCAGUGACUCUUGUGGAUGCUCGGAAACUUUCUUACCUCUUAUAUGGUAAAACUGAUCCAUAUGUUGUUUUACGUCUGGGGGAUCAAACAAUACGCAGUAAAAAGAACAGUCAAACAACAGUAAUUGGACCGCCUGGCGAGCCAAUCUGGAAUCAGGAUUUUCAUUUGCUUGUUUCGAACCCUAGGAGUCAAAAACUCAUUGUCCAAGUGAAAGACUCUCUUGGAUUCAGAGACCUGACCAUCGGUACGGCAGAGGUUGAGUUGGUGUCUCUGCAAGACACAGUGCCAACAGAUAGGAUUGUCCUUUUGCAAGGGGGUUGGGGACUAUUCGGGAAGGGAUCUGCGGGAGAAGUACUGGUUCGGCUAACAUACAAGGCAUAUGUCGAGGAUGAAGAUGAUGACAAGGCUGUGGAGACGGAGUCGGUUGACACGGACACUUCAGAUGAUGAAGUGAACUCUGAUGAACUCGAUGCAAUCUAUGAACCUGCAGAUCAAAGGGAUUUACUAAAUGGAACAGACAAAGAAUCCUUCAUGGACGUUCUUGCUGCCCUGAUUGUGAGUGAGGAAUUUCAAGGGAUUGUAGCAUCAGAGACGGGAAACAUUAGAGCAAUGGAUGAUCCAUCGAAUGGGGGCCCCACGCUUCCUAGGCCCUCAGGUAUGAGUGCUGAAUCACUGCCAUCUAGUUCAAGCCAGAGUUCUGAAGGUUCAGGAUCUGUGUUGCUGGGUCUUGCUGCAAUUACAAGCAUAUUAGUUCUAAUCUCUCUUAGUAUGACGAGCGGAUCAAAUCUUUUCAAUCCGUGAAUGUACAAGGUAAAGAAGCUCUGCCUCUACUUGGUAUUCGAGUUCGUGGAGCAAUCAAGGUCUCUCCGCUUGUAGUAAGGACGGGCUCCAUUGAGUAGAGGAAACUGAUGAUUCUGCUUGAAGUGUUAGCCUACUCGAUCUCGUCUUGAGGUGUAUAUACGCCAGAGGAACGUUUUGACUGGGCAGCAUAGACAAUGCACACAGGAAAGUUUUGGUUUCGCAGUUAACCCUUCGGUGUUGGAUACACAAUUGUAGUUUUAUGGUAGGCUACGAAGACCGUAAGACUGUGCACUGUCACUUAGUUGAGUUGUUGCAGAGGUUUUUAUUUAUAGAUGAUUAAGCUGUCAAUACGUGCGGAACCGGGAAAUGAGAAUGGGCAUUGCGCAACUAGCACUGCCCCACGGACCCGACAAGCAGUUUCUCCAUGUACAAAACUUCCAACACUAGGAUUGUGACGGUGAGAACCAUAAAUAAUAGGGAAGGAAUAAAAUAAUAGGGAAGGAAUAACCGUAACUUGCAUUUUUAGGUCGAUCUCAUAUAGAAUUAGGUCGACCUAAUUUGUCGUUUCAAUCUUGUACUAGAAUGCAGCUUAUUUCGUAACAACUUUGAGCCUUUUGUUUGAAACCUUCAAGAUAUGCAAUAUUUCAUCCCA